AUGGGAAUCAAAGGAUUUUCUGAUGAGAAAUUGAGAGGAGGAAAGAAAUACGACUCGUUGGCGAGAUUAUGUGAACUUGAAACAGGGACGGGUUUGAAUCAAGAACGUGGGUUAGGUAGACCUUGUGAGACUCGUUGGGGAUCUCAUUUCAAACCAAUAUUGAAUGUGCUUGAUUUAUAUCCUUCAAUCCUUGGGUCGCUUGAUGACAUUGCAGAAGUCUCUGAUGCACUUGAUUCUAACAAAGCACAAACUAUUACAAAUUUAUUGAUGUCUUUUGAUUUUGUGUUUGUGGUGCAUUUGAUGGUUGGUAUCUUUGGGAUAACAAAUAACUUGAAUGUGCCACUACAAAAACGUGAUCAAGACAUUGUAAAUGCAAUGCGAAUGGUUAAUGUAACCAAGAUUAAUUUGCAAGAGAUGAGAGAUGAAGGAUGGGAUUCUCAUAUGGAGAAGGUAAUUUCCUUUAUGGCUAAGUAUGACAUUGAGGUUCCUAGCAUGGAGGGGAAAUAUGUUGUCCAGGGGAGAAGGUUGUUUAGAGGUAAAGGCCCACAAGUGUCAAAUUUACAUCAUUUUCGAGUGGAAGUUUUCUUAAGUGUCAUUGAUCUUCAGUUGCAAGAACUUGAUAAUCGAUUCCCUGAGAUAAGUAAAGAUUUACUUGUGUAUAUGUCUUCUUUGAAUCCAUCUAAUUGGUUUGCUUCUUUUGACAAAGCAUAA